ACCCUAAAAUUAAUUUUCACUUGCAAACUAAGUUAUAGGGAGGGGGUCCUCUAAAUCGACUUUGUUACAGGAGUAGGAGACUCCCACCUCUCUUUGUAUCUAUGCUUUCCAUUCGUCCACUCGCUUACGUGUCACUGAAAUCAUCACCAAUAAUAAGCAGCUUAUUUCGACGUCAUGGACGCUCAAGUACUCGUUUAGCUCAGUUACUUCCCGAUGUUGUGGAUAGUGCAUCAAAUAGACGCAUACUUAAUGGAUUUAGGGCAUUCUCAGAUUUAUCACUUCAGAAAUGUGUGCCGUGCAAUAGGAAGGAUUUAAAGCCUAUGACGGAACAGAAUGCCAAUGUGUUGAAACCCAAGGUGCCUGAAUGGGAGUUGCUAAUUGAUGGUGGUGUGAUGAAGCUCUGCCGGAAGUGGAAAGUUAAGAAUUUUCUUCAAGGCUUGGAGUUCUUUAAGGUUGUUGGUGACUUGGCUGAAGCUGAAGGUCAUCAUCCAGAUCUUCAUCUUGUCGGAUGGAAUAAUGUGACAGUCGAGAUAUGGACACAUGCUUGUGGUGGCCUCACUGAAAAUGAUUUCAUACUCGCUGCAAAAAUCAACAACCUACCCCUCGAAUCUUAUCUCAGGCGUAAAUGACCAGAAGGCUUUUUGUAAGAAGUAAGAACUGUGAAGCACCAUUUGCAGUUUUCAAGUUCUAUGGUCUUUUUAGAUCAUCGAAGGAAAACUGGAAAUAAAAGAGAUAUAUCUGCUUCGUGCACAAAAGAGAUGGCAUGGUAUACUCGGUUUAGAAACUUAGCUUGAUUUCAUUUAAAACAAUAUGGCUGCUUUCUAUUCUGUAAACAUGUCUUAUACAGAUUAAGAAGGGGAAUUUUGGUUUUGUUUUUCUCAUUAAUUUUGAUGAAGUAAAGUAUAAUAUGAAAGUUUCAACAAUA